AUGGAUCUUGAAUAUACAGUAACCGAAAAUAUUCAUCGUAAUAAUAAUGGUCAAGUUGUUCAAAUAGAUUAUCAAUUUGAAGAAACAGUUGUGGUUGAUACAUCAUCAAGUUCAUCAUCAAGUAUAACACGACAAAAUAAAGAAAGACGAAAUCGUACAUAUGAUGCAACAAUAACACGUGCACAAUAUCAAAAUCUUUCACGUCGUCUUCCAAAUCCAUUACCAUUUGAAGCAUUCGUUGAUGUUUUACGUCCAUUUAUAAUGGGUUUUUAUUCAAGUGAUGAACUUCAACGUGCAUUCUAUAUAUUAGAUCGAGAUCAUUCUGGUUCAAUACACAUUAAUGAAUUAGGCUCCUUUUUACCCAUAUUAAAUGAUACAAUAGAUAGUGAGGCUCUAAAAAAUUAUGUACGAAAAAUUGAUCAAAAUUUUGAUGGAAAGAUAAAUUAUGAUGAAUUUCGUGCACUUGUUUUACGUGGUAUCGGUCGAGACAUUAUUUGUAAUCAUUUAUAA